AUGGAGAAUGCUGCAGGACUUAAGGGCAGUAAAUGCAGUUAUAGAGCCCAUGGGAGCAUUGCAGCCAGGACUGCCUUCACCCUCUAUGCUCCCAGCAAACUGACCGCUAAUGAUCUGGACAAGGAAUGUAAGCCAGACUGUUCUGCAAGGGGCAGACACUGCCUGUGCUUCCCGGUGUUCCUGCUCAUCUACCUGGUGGUGCUGGCAGGGAACAGCCUGGUUGCCCUCCUCACUGUGCUGGACUCCAGCCUGCACAGCCCCAUGGACUUCUUCCCGAGGAACUUGUCCUUCCUGCAGGUCUGUUACACCUCCGUCACUCUGCCAAAAAUGCUGCUGUGUCUCCUGAGGGCAGAUGGCAGGAUCCCCUUUCUUGGCUGUGCUGCCCAGCUGUAUUUCCUGGUUCUGCUGGGCAGCACCCAAAGCCUUCUCCUGGCUGCCAUGGCCUACGAGUGCUACCUGGCCGUGUGCCACCCCCUGCACUAUCCCCUGGCCAUGAGCAGGGGGCUCUGCACCAGGCUGCUGCUGGGCUCCUGGGGGGCUGUGGCACCAGUGCAGGUAGGACAGACCUACCAGCUGUUCACUUUGCCCUUCUGUGCAUCCCGUGACCUUCCUCACUUCUUCUGGGACGUCCCCCCGCUGCUGCACCUGGCCUGUGCAGACACGUUCUGGAAUCAAGUGGGGCUGCACACCAUCACCCUGGUUUUUGUAAUCCUUCUCUUCUGCUUAAUAGUUCUGUCUUACAUUCAAAUUAUCAGGGCAAUUCUGAAAAUCCCCUCAGCUCUGGGCAGGUACAAAGCCUUUUCCGCCUGCUCCUCACACCUCGGGGUGCUGACAGUCUUCUAUGGCUCAGCCACAGUCAUCUACUUAAAGGGACACUCGAGGGAUUCUGGAGAUCCUGACAAAUACUCUGCCCUGUUUUACCCAGUUUUGACUCCCGUGUUUAACCCUCUCAUCUAUAGCCUGAAGAAUAAGGAAGUGAGAAUGGCCUUGAAGAGACUCCUAUGGACAAAGUGA